AUGAACCACGGGAGCUAUGAUCCUACGCUGCCAGAGAAGCCACCCGUCGCUGGCAGGAUAUGCGGGCUUAGGAAGCAGGUCUUUUGGGCGGUCGUUGCGAUCGGGGUCUUCGCGAUAGUGGCAGCAAUCGCAAUUGGUGUCGGCGUGGGAAUCGCGACCCGGAACAAUGGCGACGAUUCUACACCAGCCAACGCUACUCAGACGGUGCCGGUAAGUGGCACGCCCACAAACGGCCUGCCAGCAGCCACAGCGGCGGCGACGCUCGGACCGGAAGUCGAGAUCAACUGUCCAGACGCCAACCAGACUCUUUACACGCUGCAGGACGACUCGACUCGCAAGUUCUUGAUGCUCUGUGGCCGGGAUUACAGCAGCCAGAACGGCGACGGUGCCGUGGACAUGUUCUCCGAGGACAUCGACACCAUGACCGGAUGCAUCGAGAGAUGCGCAAACCAGAGCGGCUGCGCAGCCGUCGGCUGGGGCGAUUACUACGGCACCAAAACCUGCUGGUUGAAGAGCGAGAUUGGCAAGCCGAACGUCAGCCCACAGUGGUAUGCUGCCGUUGAAGCGGACGAGAUGUGA